UAUUAACCCUUGAGAGUCGAAGGACGCGCCGGCGCGUCCUCAGCGCACGUCGUCUUUGAAGCGCCCUCACGUUUUAAUUACGUCACCCACAUGCCGUGGGUUGGUCUCGUUUUAAAGUGCGGAAGUUGCGGUUUACUCUCGUUAUUAUUUGAAGUCAAUCGACCAACUAAAACGUGAGAUAUUGUCAUUUAAGUUUGAUAGUUUUAUUGUCCUUUAAAAAAAACAUUAAAACGCUGCAUGGAUCAUUUGUUUAUGUCUAUAUUUCGAUCAUUUCUUUUCCUUUUUCAAAACGGAAGCUCCAUGAAAAAAACACAAAUCAAACGAACCCUUUCGAAGUCACAGUGGAAGCACGAAAUGCGUUUUUUUUGUUUUUUUUUUAAUAAAUAAAACUGCCGUGCGAGGUUCCACCGAACGAGAUGGAGGAGUGUUCUGAAGCAGCGAGGUGGCGAGCGACGGCCGUUUCGAUCAAGCAGCGACUUUGUGUGACUUUGAGAAUGAACGGAAAACUAAAUUUAGCGCAAGCAAUUGUGCUUUUUGAUCAACUUGAGGAAGAGGAUGGUCUAAAUUCGUCAUCAUCGUCUUCUUCGGAAGAGUCCUCGAGUGAAGAUAGUGACGGAUUUGAACACGUGGGUGACGCCAUCGACGAGCAGAGUGACAAUGAAAAAUAUACAUUCACUGCCCGAAUGGAAAGAGGACGAGGGAUAAGGGGUCAUCACGGAAGAGCGAUGAGAUGUCAGCGGAGGGGAGGCCGGAGAAGUCAGCGCGGCAGAAGCCGAUCACCACUGGCUCAGCCUGCACCUGUGCCAUGGAGCACAGAGCAAGACACAGACACUGCCCCACAGUGCAGCCGGUUCACACCCCGGAGACCACCAGGACCUCAGGUGAAUCGUGACCAUGCAUACACCCCAAAAGAACUUUUUGACCUGUUCUUCACCUCAUCGACAAUGAUGAAUAUGUGCAAACACAUAAACCAGUAUGGCAGAGUCCGAAAAGAGAUUGGGAAAAAGUUUGUGUGGACAGACACUACAGUGGAGGAGCUUGAAAAAUUUAUUGGACUCCUCUUGUACAUGUCUUUGGUUUCACUUCCAACUGUGCAAGAUUAUUGGAAGGCAAGGAAUUCCAGGACGAAACAGCUUUUCGGAAUGGCAUGCCUGAAAAAAAUUUAACUUGUUUAUUGUAAAUAUUUUUGAAAAUACUUUUUUUCCAAUGCUAAGUAUAUAUUUUUCCCCCCCACAAUCAGUCUUCUCAAUUUGUGUAUAUAAAUGUGUGUUCAAGAAGCUUGAUUGUGUGUACAUAGUUUUGAUCAGGUGAUGGGCCACAAUACCUAAACUCAUAAAGGGAUGGCCUCUAAACACUUUUUGUGUUAGAUGGUAUAUAUUUUUUCACUGUUCUUCACUGUUUGGUCUGCUGUAUAUAACCCGUUUUGACUAGAGCAUGUAUAAAAGCAAAAUACGCCUAUGGCCAUACCUGUUGUUUAUGUUGAAUUGUCAAAUAUAAGACUAUUUAUUCUAAAUUUUUUUGGUUGAAUGUUCAUCCUAACAUGUUGAAUAAAUAUUAUAAAGUUUCAAAACGGUUCGUUACGCAUGUUUGGUUGUCAAUUGGACAUCAAUAUUAAAAAUUUUCACAAAACGAUUUUGGAAUUUUUGGUCUUUUUGGGCCCAAAAUGAUGAUUUAUAAUUGGUCAGUGAAAGAAACAACAGUUUGGACAUGAAGUUCAAGGUGUCACAAAAAAAGGGACCAAACCAGGCCAUCGUAAACAAUUCUGUCUUUGAAAUAUAAAGGCAACUUCAAAGGCAUGCAGAAUCAGACAAAAUAGGCCCAGACCUUAAAGGGUUAACUUAUUGCCUGAUGUUGACAACGCUAGACAUCCAAUUCAUUUAAACUGGGAGAACUGGCUUAUGAAUGCUCUUCUUUCAGUCCCAUUGACGACACUAAAUGGCCGUCAAUGGCAGCCAAUGAGUUAAAUUAGCAUAAUGUUACUGGUUGGAUUACAUGUGCUGCUAUUUUCUAUUGUCUUGCAUGCAUUACUCACGUACGGUUGGCAUGGGGCACCAAUUAGGGUCAUCUUAAAGCCGAUUAGUGAAUCCUAUUGAUGUAGCACGUCGGCGCAAAUUGGUUGCCAUCUGCUGGACAAAAUAUGCAUUGCAGGAAGAGGUCUAUUUAUGGCGAUAAUGACGAUAGGUAAAAUGUCGAUAGAAAGUUUCCUAUCAUUUCUGCCGAUAUUUA